GAACCGGGAACCCCCGCCCACACCCCCUCCACCACACACACACCGGCAGGGACACCCCCGCUCCCGGUAGGGAUCCCCCACCCGCACCGGGAUCGCCGGUAAUCGGGAUCUCCCCUCCGGUAGCUGCGCUGUCCCGCCAGCUGGGAUCGCCCCCUGCUCCUCCAUCCCGCGGUCACCGCGAUCUCCGGUACCUGAGCGUUGCCCCCCGUAGGGUCCGCAGCCCCCGGACCCCCCCCCUCCCCGCCUUCCCCUUUCCCGGUAGUCGCCGUUAAUUCUUUCCCUCCCCGCCUGUCGCCCCCCGGUUCUGCCCCGCCGGGGCCCGACUGGCAGCUGCCUACGGCCGGGAUGAGCCGCCGCGAUGGAUGAGUUCCACCCCUUCAUCGAGGCGCUGCUGCCCCACGUCCGGGCCUUCUCCUACACCUGGUUCAACCUCCAGGCCCGCAAGCGCAAAUACUUCAAGAAGCACGAGAAGCGGAUGUCCAAGGAGGAGGAACGCGCCGUCAAGGACGAGCUGCUGGGCGAGAAGCCGGAGGUCAAGCAGAAAUGGGCCUCGCGCCUCCUGGCCAAGCUGCGCAAGGACAUCCGGCCCGAGUGCCGCGAGGACUUCGUGCUGUCCGUCACCGGCAAGAAGGCGCCGUGCUGCGUCCUCUCCAACCCCGACCAGAAGGGCAAGAUCCGCCGCAUCGACUGCCUGCGCCAGGCCGACAAGGUGUGGCGGCUGGACCUGGUGAUGGUCAUCCUGUUCAAGGGCGUGCCGCUGGAGAGCACCGACGGCGAGCGCUUGGCCAAGGCGCCCCAGUGUGCCAGCCCUGGCCUGUGUGUCCAGCCCCACCACAUCGGCGUCACCAUCAAGGAGCUCGACCUGUACCUGGCCUAUUUCGUCCACGCGCCCGAUUCCGGCCAAUCCGACAGCUCAAACCCGCAGGGGGACGCGGACAUCAAACCACUGCCCAACGGCCACCUGACCUUCCAGGAUUGCUUCGUGACGUCGGGAGUGUGGAACGUGACGGAGCUGGUCAGGGUGUCCCAGACCCCCGUGGCCACGGCAUCGGGCCCCAACUUCUCGCUGGCCGACCUGGAGAGCCCGGGGGGCUACUACAACAUCAGCCCCGUCGCCCUCGGCCGCCGGCCCCUGGGACCCCCCACUGCCAGUGGCCCGAAGCGCCCCAAAGCGCUGGACGAGGGGGACCUGGAGGGUCCCGGGGACGACGUUUUCUACCCCGGGCCGGGGCGGUCCCCAGCCCCCGGCAGCAGCCAGGGACCCUGGGGGGGGGACGUUGACACCGGCCCGGCGGCGCUGAAGAAGUCGGGGAAGUUGGAUUUCUGCAGCGCCCUGUCGGGGCACGGCGCCGCUCCCCGCAUGGCCUUCGGCCACCACCCCCUGCCCGUCCUGGCCGGCGUCCGCCCCGGCAGCCCGCGGGCCACGGCCUCGGCGCUGCACUUCCCGUCGGGGUCCCUCCUGCCCCAGUCGAGCCCCUACUUCGCCCACCCCACCAUCCGCUACCACCACGGGCAGGACUCGCUCAAGGACUUCGUGCAGUUCGUCUGCGCCGACGGCGCCGCCCAGGGCCCCCAGCAUUCGCAGCGUCAGGCGCCGCCGCUGCCCCCCGCCUUGUCGGCCUCGGACCCCGCGACGGCAACUUUCUGACCCUCCCCCAGCAGCAGUCCUGGUUCCUCUGACGCCGCCCCCGGACGAGGAGAAACCGCCCGGAAAAAAGGAGAAAAACGGGAAAAAAGAAAACAAAAAAUA